GUACAGUGACAGUCUCACACACACACACACACACACACACUCGGUCACGCACACAUUCACACACACUCGGCCACACACCUGUGAGAGCAGAAGCCGUUGUGAUGAAGCUGAAGCUGCCGAACCCGGGCCUGGACGGCCGGAUCCCGUCCCACCAGCAGCUGGAGAAGAUGGAGCUGGAGGAGGCCGGGGACCGGCCCAAAUGGGACAACAAGGCCCAGUACAUGCUCACCUGCGUGGGCUUCUGCGUGGGCCUGGGCAACGUCUGGCGCUUCCCUUACCUGUGCCAGAGCCACGGCGGAGGUGCUUUCAUGAUCCCGUUCCUGAUCCUGCUGGUUUUGGAGGGAAUCCCUCUGUUGCACCUGGAGUUUGCGAUUGGCCAGCGUCUGAGGAAGGGGAGUGUUGGGGUGUGGACAUCCAUACACCCCUAUCUUGGUGGUGUAGGAAUUGCGUCCAUGCUGGUGUCCUUCUUAGUGGGUCUGUACUACAACACCAUCAUGGCCUGGGUCAUGUGGUACUUAUUCAACUCCUUCCAGGACCCUCUGCCAUGGAGCCAGUGUCCCAUCAAUGCAAACAGGACUGGUCUGGUGCCAGAAUGCGACCGUAGCUCCCCGGUGGAUUACUUCUGGUACAGGGAGACGCUCAACACCUCAGCGGCCAUUGAGGAUUCGGGCGGCCUGCAGUGGUGGAUGGUCCUGUGUCUGGCAUGCGCCUGGACCGUGCUGUACGUCUGCUGUAUCCGAGGCAUAGAGACCACCGGCAAGGCAGUGUACAUCACGUCCACCCUGCCAUACCUGGUUCUCACCAUCUUCCUGGUCAGAGGAUUGACGCUCAAAGGUUCUGUGGAUGGAAUUAAGUUUCUCUUCACCCCAGAUGUGGAAGAGCUCAUGAACCCAUCCACCUGGCUGGACGCAGGUGCUCAGGUGUUCUACUCAUUCUCCCUGGCUUUUGGAGGCCUCAUCUCCUUCUCCAGCUACAACUCAGUGCAUAACAACUGUGAGCAGGAUGCUCUGAUUAUCUCGGUGGUGAACGGCUUCACGUCCGUCUUCUCCGCCACUGUCAUCUACUCCAUCAUCGGCUUCCGCGCCACAGAGAAGUUCGACGACUGCCUGGCCGGAAACAUCCUGUCUCUGAUGAACACUUUUGACCUUGCUGAAGGCAACGUCACUGAGAGUAACUAUGCAGAAGUUCUUCAGAGCCUCAACAGCACGUCUCCUGAGAUCAUUCAGGGGCUGAGUCUGAAGACCUGCGAUCUGAGCACCUUCCUCAGCGAGGGUGUAGAGGGGACUGGCCUGGCCUUCAUCGUGUUCACAGAGGCUAUCACUAAGAUGCCCGUGUCUCCCCUCUGGUCUAUACUGUUCUUCAUCAUGCUGUUCUGCCUGGGGCUCUCCACCAUGUUCGGGAACAUUGAGGGGGUGGUGGUCCCGCUGCAGGACCUCAAGAUCCUCCCCAAAAAAUGGCCCAAAGAGGCUCUCACAGGUUGCACGUGCCUGAUAUCCUUCGCCCUGGCCAUGAUCUUUGUGCAGAGGUCAGGUAACUACUGGCUGGCCCUGUUCGACAGCUUUGCUGGCUCCAUCCCACUCCUGGUGAUCGCAUUUUGUGAAAUGAUGGCUGUGGUUUACCUGUAUGGUGUAGACAGGUUUAACAGGGAUAUCGAGUUCAUGAUCGGGCACAAGCCCAACAUCUUCUGGCAGGCCACCUGGAGGGUGAUCAGCCCCCUCAUCAUGCUGGUCAUCUUCCUCUUCUACUUCGUCACCAAACUCAGCGCAGAGCUCACGUACAUCGUGUGGGACCCCAGCUCCGAGAACUUCCCCACGCUGGACACCGUGCUGUACCCGAGCUGGGUCCCCGUCGUCAUCUUCAUCCUGGCGGGGAUCCCCAGCCUAGCGGUGCCCGGCGUCGCCCUGUUCAAAUUCACCUACGGCCGCUGCUGCCGGAAGGAGCAGAGGCACAAACGGUCCAUCAGCACCGUCUCCGAAAAGGUCGACCCGUAAACCGGUCCCGAACCCCUUCAACGACAGCGCUUCCGGUAGUGCCUCCUCCGUACCCAGGUGCCCUAACAGGUACCUCAGCUCUGCACGCUUGCACGCGAGGACUCUCUGUCGCUCAUGUUUGGUGUGACAUCAUUGCACUUCCUGAAAGCUGGGCUGUAAGCAAUUGUACAUAAAAAAACACAAAUCAUGUGUGCCAUGCAUCACAACAGAUGUAAUGAAAAUGAAAUAUAUUUUUUUGACAUAGAAAUGUUUAUAUAUUCCUUUUGUGUAAAAUGUAAUUUAAAUAAUUAUUGUAGUUAUACUGUGCCAUUAUAUUAUUAAUGAAACUAAGUAAAUCAUAUAUUUUAAAACAUAUGUUCAUAUUCUACCCUUCUCAGUAUUAGAAGCGUAAAGUACAUAGGCUCGUUUAUUUUUCUUGAUAAUUUUAUUUAAUUACAGCUAUUAUAUUUAUUUGCAAACAGAAAUAUCCAGUGAGGUAUUCCUGUCUUGUUGUUUAGGACUAUUGGCCUGGGCUCUACAGGGCUCUCUGUAUCACUGCAAAGAUACAGGGCUCUGUGUACACAGGGCAAAGAUACAAGGCUCUGUGUACCAGUGCAAAGAUACAGAACUCUGUACACAGGACAAAGAUACAGGGCUCUCUGCACCAGUGAAAAGAUACAGAACUCUGUACACACGGCAAAGAUACAGAGCUCUCUGUACACAGGACAAAGAUUCAGUGCUCUCUGUACACAUUUUGUGACAUAGUCCAUGAAAAACAGAUAUUAUGUACAUUUUAUUUGACAUGUACUUUUACAGCGAUUAAAUAAAUCAGGGAUUGCAUUUCAGUUUCCUAAGUUAGAACAGGUAGAGGUGGAGAUAUAUACCUUCAUACAUACAUUCAGUAAUUCACUAGUAGACAGUAGGUUUUCGCUACAUGACCUCUAAAAUGUAGGAUACUGUUUUGGUCUAAAAUGAUAGUUGCCUACCUUCUGAAGGUAAUAAAAAUGUGAUAUAAAUGGCAAAGUGACAAUGUUGUUUGUGAAAUUUGUGUUUUAUAUGAACAGUGCUGCAUUAAAGGCUUAUUUCAUGUA